AUGGAGAGUAAGAACUCUGGAAUGGAUUCCUCGCGAAGCAAAACGUUCUCGAGGGGAGGCAGAUGGGCUGACGUGUUCGUUACACGGAUGGACCAGCUGAAUUCUCAGCUGGUAGCGACCAAUGGAUCUGGACCUCGUGAUCGCCGCCGCAGUUCAAUACCAGCGUUGUGGAUGAAGGUAGGAUGCAAACAAUGUUGGGGUCUGCACGGCGAGUGA